GUUUUGGCAAUUUAUUCAGUGGGGAAUAAAAAUAUAAAGGAAAAAUAUGUUUUUAUAUGGAUUUUUGAUAGGGAGAGAGAAUUUGGUACGAUCGAAAUGAAAAUUCGGAUUCCUUUUAGAUUUGUUGUUUGAAAAAAAUCCUCCGAUCUUGCAUUAUACUGCUCCUCUUCUAAGCAAAAUUCUACAGGGAUUUGUUCUCUAGGAAAAAUAAUGCGGAAUUUUGCUGGAAAAUUCUUGUGGUAUUGACGGGAAAUUGCAGUUUUAUAGGGUCUCUUGCACUUGGGCUUUCCUUGCAUUAGUGACUAGUGGAUGCACUUCGAUGUUGGAUUUUAUACUGUGAAGUGUAAUUGGGGGCUGCUGUUUUGCUUUUAUGAAAUUCUUUAUGGUAUGGUUACUGAGAUAUGGCGUUGCAGAAGAAGCUAGAUUAUGGAUUUAGUGGCUAUGAGGUGCCUCCCAUACCCCGAGCUGCCAGAUCUGCCAGGAGGAGAUGCAUAUUUCAAAGCAAAACUGAUGACCACCAAUUAGGCGCAUUUGACUUAUUGGCUACCGUAGCUGAUAAGUUACUCAUGGAGGGGGGAAUUUCCCCAAAACCUGUGGAUAUGUAUUCUGGUAAAGAGCAGCAGACAGUUGUGGCAGGUUCAAUUACAGAAGAACAGGCCAAAUAUAAACCUUUGAUAGCAAAAUCUUGUGAUCUAGACGUCUGUGAUCAGAGUUCUCUCUUUACAGAGCAGGUCUCAGAAGCUCCUGUUUCAAAUUUUUGUUCAAAUGAACUUACAUCUCUUCAAAAUGAACCAUGCUCAUUGCCUGCAUCUGUAAUAACUUCUGAGUGCUCGCGAAAGUUGGCUGAUGAUGAAUGCAAGCUUGGACUCGGGAUUAUCGCUCAGAAACUAGAUGUUCGGUCGUCUGGUUGCAGAAUGUCCGCUGGUUGUAGAUUAGAUGGUGAAAGUGAAAAACAGAUAAAAAUGGAAUCCAAAGUUUAUAGGAAUCUGUCAAUAAGUAGUAGGGAUGAUAUGUGCAGUCCUGGCUGUCCAGAGACUUGGGAAAGUAAGCAGUCUGCAUUAGUUAGAUCACCAAAUAGUAUAAAAUUUCCCUCUUGCAGGGGCCACAUGUCUUUUGGUUCUUUCCCUUUUAAUUCAGAGGGUGUAAAGAUAGUUACUAGAGAUAAUGAAGAAAAAUCUCGUAGGUGCACUCAACCUACAAAUGCAAACACGGCCAUUAGGCCUCUGUCAGAUGGUGGAGAUUGGAGAAUUAAGAAGUCACUAGCAUCUAAGCAUUGUAAAGCGACUUCAAAUCUGAAAGGGGAAGGUUAUAAUGCCAAUAAAAAAAGAUGUAGUUUCCUGAACACAAAGAACAGAUAUAGACGCCAAAUAUCUCAGAGGGAUUACCCUUUCAAGAAAAGAAAGCUUUUUUACUGUUGCUCAGCCCGUAAUUCUGAUGUACUCAUUAACAGCGAUGGAAUAUGUAGCUUUUCUGAGAAUGACUCGAAAGGAGCUGCCCUGCUCCCUGGUCCUGCAUCGCCUGGAGCAGGUGAAUGUUCGCCCUUCCAGUCCAGGAAUUCACAUGUGAAGCUUAAGAUCAAGUCUUUCAGGGUUCCUGAUCUUUUUAUUGAGCUUCCAGAAACAGCGACUGUUGGGUCUCUUAAGAGGACCGUUAUGAAAGCUGUGACCUCAAUACUCGGUGAUGGACUACAUGUUGGCAUGCUUCUCCAGGGUAAAAAGAUUAAAGAUGAUAACAGAACUUUAUUGCAGACAGGAAUUUCUCGUGAUAACAAAUCAGAUGCUCUGGGUUUUACGCUGGAGCCCACUACUCAAACUUUCCCUACACACUGUCCAGAAGAUCCUUUCCAACUUCCUCGUGAUUCUCCACAACCACGAGCAAGGAGCCCUCUUAUUGCCAAUGUGGUUCAAGAUGCUGUUGAGCAGAAAAGUUUGGAUGCUCUUACGGAUCCCGCAGGAGGUAACUUCAGGAAUUUCCCGGAAAGCGAUGAUGAUUCAGCUCUUUCUACUCCUGAUAUGUUGUUAGAGAAAACCCCUACGGGUUCACGAGCACUGGUUGCUGCUCCUAAAAUGAGAGAGGCACUGGCUAUUGUUCCCAUGCACAUAUCUAAGCAAUCUGAGUCAGCACAGCGUCGAAUGCGUCGGCCUUUUACUGUGUCUGAAGUGGAAGCAUUGGUUCAGGCUGUUGAGAAGCUUGGAACAGGAAGAUGGCGUGAUGUUAAGCUGAGAGCUUUUGAUAAUGCGAAACAUAGAACUUAUGUGGAUUUGAAGGACAAGUGGAAGACACUGGUGCACACUGCUAGAAUAUCCCCUGAACAAAGGAGAGGUGAGCCAGUACCUCAGGAGCUUCUAGACAGGGUGUUAACUGCUCAUGCUUACUGGUCUGAGCAGCAAACCAAGUACCAGCUCAAAUCUCAACGUGAGAGUUGCCUUGUCUGAAAGAUUCCAGUGUUCAAAUCUGGCUUGUAUAACAGGAGAAGAAUUAAUUGGUAUAUUUCUUGUGAUUAUGCAGGCUGUGUAAAAAGGAAGUAAAUUAGAGCAUAUAAUAUUUGUAGUUCUCAUGGAGAUUUGUUUGUGUGGAUUGGUAGCAGUUGUAAAUGGGGUGGCAGAAUAAGGAAUUUCUCUAGCACAUUUAUGCCAAAAUAUUGGCAUUUUGUUAAUGAUAGGUUAUUUACAAAUUUCUUUGUUUCUAUGUUUAUAUUAUGCAAUUUCUUAA